GUUUUAAAAUUAACUGUGGCUAGUGUCAAUUAUGCCAAAAAUAAUCUGACUUUUCAAAAUUACAUUUUUCCCACUUUUCGUUCACUAAUAAGCAAAAAAAAUGGCUAAAAAGAGAUCCGAUUCGCCAGAACUUGGCCACAAAUUCGGAAGACCUGAUAUUGAAAGAAUCGGAUUGUUCAGUGAAAUGGUGUAUUUAAGUGCAAAAACGUUCCCAAAAAAGAAAACUCAACGGGAACCAAGAAAUAUGUACUGUGAGGGCCGAAAAUCUAAAAAUGGGACACAACAUGGAUACUUUGACCCUGAAUUUAAAAGAGUUUUUUCAAAAGAAGCGAUAAAAGGCAGAGGCAGAAAACCGGCGCCUCCAAAAUUUAAAAACGUUUCAGAGCGUCCUUUUUUACCCCCAAUAGGUUUCAAACACCAUUCAUGUCCUGGUGAUUACCACGGAACAUUCAGUGGAAUUAUUGAAGCUUUUGGUAAUAAAUUAAAACCGAGACCUAAGCGAAAAUCAGAAGGAAGAAACUUGUUGUCCAACCCUGGAAAAUUAGGAGGUCCUGGAUAUGCCGACAUAUGUCUGAGUCGUUAUCCAGAACACAAGCCUGAUAGGUAUGGUUUAAAACCAAAGUACAAAGAAUAUGGGAAAAAUUUAGGAAGGGCUAUGGUCCCAGUUCACUUCCCUCAACCGUUUUUUGACAAAAAUCCAUUUGCUGACCCGCCAAACAUCAAACCUGGACCUACUUACGUCAGACCAAAAGAUAAAGAAUUGAAAAGUAUUCAUCCUGGUUAUAUUGUACCAACUGGGCCGGGCAAAUGGCAAGGAGGAUGUCAUGAUGGAUGUUUCGAUAAAUUUCCAGAAUACAAACCGGAUAAAUAUGGGGUACGAGUUAAGAAACCUCAUGAAAAAAUUUUUUAUCCUCCAUCAACUGCACUCAAGAGCUAUUACAAUACAUCCAUUUUGUUCCAAAACGUUGAUGUUAAACUUAACAAAGUAAACUAUAAAAAUUUCCAGCCGGCUUAUAAUAAAUACAUAAUAAUUAAUGAUUAGAAAAA